AAUGGAGAAUUAUUUUGUUAUAUACAUUUAUAUAAAUUUUUUUGCGUAGUAAAAUAAAAUCCAAAAAGGGUCCUUGAUUGUUGCAUGGCUUGCCGAGACAUUGUUUUGUAUGUUGUUUUUUUUUGUGGUCGUGUACCCAUUUAAACUCAUAAAGUAUAUUUGGAUCUUGGAUUCAAAAGAUAUAUCUAAAUUCGAAUAGAAUAGAUUAAAGGAAAGGGAGAAAUAGAAAGCCGCCCCCUCUUCUUGGGCUGCCCGCGUGGCCGGCCCAACGCGCGUGGGCAUGGCAAACCGCACGUUGUGCCUUGUGGCUGCGCCUGGAAACCACCAUCAUUCUCUCUCCCUUUCCCAUCUUCUCUCCCUGAUGCUCGCAACUGCCACUACCCCUAUCACCUGGUGGUUGCCGAUCACAGCGCCCAAAUCCAAAGCACCCCGGCGAGCGCCCAGACGCCCAGCUUGGCUGUCUCGGCGCGGCCUCUUCUUCUCCGGCGAGUCCUUCGACCAGUUUGCGAUCCGUUUCCGAGCUUCGAGAGAUCGAAGGUCAAGCUUUGGUGACCAAGUGAUCAAGCUCCUCGAGCUCUACGAGAUUGAAGAUUCUGAGCAUCUGUUUGGUGAAGGUUGCCUUUGGUGCAAUCUAUGCUCAGGUAAAGAAGAAGGUGUCGAGGUGGACCUUCAGGAGUUCCAGGACGUUGAUGAGUUCGAGGAUUAGGCUAGCGACCUCCCCCAGUCAGCUGCCUGUGGUGGGUUGUUUACGUUGGCUACGUUUCGAUUCUGCGUACUUUGAUUUAUAUUAUGUAAAUAACUCUAGUCUGUAAUAUUAUUACUUACUCUUUAUUGUAAUUCGAAGCAUUGUGCUAUGAUGAGUCAUUUAUGUAAUCGCUGUGUACGUGAA